AUGAGUGGUUGGUCUAGCAAUGGCCGGGUCGUUUUAUUCGAGGCGCUGGGCGCCGCCUGGGACCAGAUCGACGCCGACAUAACCAAAGAAUUCCAUAAUAGACAAUCUCGAGAGUCCGAGUUGGUCCUGGAGCUCGAGAAAUCUCAAGCCCGAGCAUCUCGCAUAUCGUCGCUGGAGGCGGAGAACUCUAUGCUCAAAGAGACGAUUGAGAAGCUCAAACAGCCAGAGCUUCCAGCCACAGUGGCAGCGGUCGAAUUGAAAGACGCACAGAACACUGUGCAGGUACCUUCACCAGAUCUCACAGCUCUUGAAGCCGACCUGGGCAAGCUGCGCGGCAAAUACAGCCAGCUCAAGGCUCUUUAUGACCAGUCCAUCACCCUUCUAAAGAAGCGGAAAGAGGAGGUUCACGAGUGGAUUGCCUACGCCGAAUCACUCGAGGCGAAACUCAAGAGAUCGCAGGCAGACAACGAGAAACUCGGUCCAAGCGAUGCAGAACCUCCGCGCGCCCAAAGCUUCGAGGGUCAGGGCCGAGUCGCGAACGAAGAGGACCGCCUGCAGCUGCCCGAUAACACCGCCCGGCCACUGUCGCAUGUAGGCUUCAUCUCAAACCUUAGCUCCUCAUUUGGACCCGAGAGGACCGUAGAUGUGCAUAUAACACCGCGGCGAGCCCUUUCGCAACCUCCUGGCUCGCAGGUAUCUGAUAGAACCGAGUCCCUUCCUGCCACAUCCCAGACGGACACCCAUAACCCAGAGGAUGACCUGGAGGAUCUGCCCCGGCUGCCUAGCCAGGCGAACACGGCUAAGGUCCGUGUCAAAGAAGAGCCCUCUUCAGACCCUCCUAUCAUUGUCUCGGAGCGAGCCGUCCGAAAGCGAAGGAAUAACAGUCCCGGGUACCCUUCGGCUGUUCCGAGACGCCGAGUGAAGACAGAGGAUGGAGACUCAGAUCCGUCUGUCACCGAGGAAACGGCUUACUUUGACCCCCAGGAAAGCAUGGAUCUUGACGAGGGCCAGAACACACUCCCAACGCCAAGAAAGCGUCGCCUCUUGGAGGAACACUUUGCUAACAAGCGAGCUUCUCUCUCUUCGGCAUCGUCAGGACAGCUUCCGACCCCUUCACGGGCACUGCUUGCACGGCAACUACUCACACCCUCUUCAGUUCUCCAGCCGAUCUCGCCGAACCGCCGUAUCAUUAAGACUGCUGCUGGCAAAAGCAAGGAGAAACGGAGCAAGAAUUUCCAGAAUGCUGUCACGAUACUCGGAGAGGAUGGGUAUAGCUCCGAUGCCCAGGAGAAGCCGUCGGACCCCUUACCCCCCUCAACAAAUGUUGGCCGGCUCAAUGCCCUGCUGAACUCGACGAGCAGCCGACCUAGCGCGAUAAUUUCGCGACCGUCGAACCGCCUUUCACGAGAUCUGAGCUCUAAGAGAGAUGUCGAUCUCCCUCCCAGACGAGCACUCCCUUUCCCGGACAAGAAUCAACUUCAGACGCCCCAGACCGCAUCUAGUGCAAAGCAUCGAACGCCCCUAGCACCCCUGGCACAACCCAUCUCGGUGACCAGGUCCGCCCCUCCCCUGCGCAGGAGCAACGAGAAUCAAGGCCCCGCCGUCCCGCUCCGCCAAAAGCCCCUAUCUAGCAUGAAGCUGGACGACUUCAAGAUCAACCCCAAGUUCAACGACGGCCAGAACUUUGCCUUUGCCGAGGUGGUGCGCAACAGGUCGGAGCGCGAGGGCCUGCCCGGGUGCACAGACAUGAACUGCUGCGGCAAGUACUUCCGCGCCAUGGCGAGCGCGGAGCGCGCCGGCAAGCCCUCCUCGCCGCCGUUCCUCAACCUGCCCGACGCGACCGUCCUGCUCGAGACGUACCUCGGCGAGGACGCGUUCCUGCUCGGCGGCAUGACGCGGGAGGAGAAGGAGGAGCUGUGGCUCGCGGCGCGCACCCGCGAGCUGGCCAACAAGUACGGCAAGCACCGGCACCGGCACCACCGGCGGCCGUCGCCGCCCGGGUUCUGGAACGCGGACUUCCCGAGCACGCAGGAGGAGGCGAGGGAGCGGCAGGAGGGGCUCAAGAUGGAGCAGGCGCUCGUGCAGGAGAGGUAUCGGGAGGCUAUGAGGCAGGAUGGGCGGUGGCUGUUCCGCGAUGAGUGA